CCGACCGGUCGCCUAUUGUCGACCUCGCUAUGACUUGUGUUGAUUACCGGUCGCCUGGAGAACGCGCGAACCAGCCAACGGUCCUUCUGGAGGACGGAAUCUGAUCUGGUCUGAUCGGGGAGGGGUGUUGGGGAGGGAAGUACUCGGCCACGUUGACGCCUGGAGCACGAGUUUCUCGAACUGUGAAAGAAAUGGCGAUGGCGGCGGCCGCUGUGCGAGCGGCCCCAGCAGCAGCCGUUGCCACGUCUGCGUCCUCUCGGUGGUUGGUGUCAGGUAAGAAGGGGGACAAUUCCGGCGAUGGCUGCGUGCAUCGGCACAGUGAGGGCGGAGGAUUUCAGAUAACGAAGGCUGUGCUUCCGCCACGUGGCAUGCGGAUAGGACUGAUGGAUGUCGCGAGGGCAGGGCGCGUCUCAGCAGCAUCGAGUAGCUGCUCCUACUGGCGAAGGGUUUUUUUGAGCACUUCGUUGCUGCAGAGACCGCACAGACUGCAAGGGGGCCACUUGUCUUGUGGGCGGGUAUCAUGUGCCAUGGACGCUUCAGCAUCAGUUGGAGGCGGCGAGGCAGGUGGAGGGGAGUUAGAUGAAGAGAAUUGGCCCACGGGGCCUCCACCUGUGUUUGAUCGCAUGCAUAUAAGGGAUCCCUACAAGAGGCUGGGCAUCAGCUCAGAUGCAUCAAACGAGGAGAUUCAGGAAGCGAGGAACUAUCUUGUGCAGCAAUACAAGCGGCAUGAGAAGAGUGUGGAGAGCAUUGAAGCUGCCUUUGACAAGAUCAUCAUGGAGAAGUUUAAGCAGCGGAAGAAGUCAAAGAUCAACCUCAAAGCAAACCUGAAGAAGAAAGUGGAGGAGCAGGGGAAUCUUCUUCGCCAAUUUGCAGACAUGUGGGAGGUUCCCGCUUUGGACUUCAUUCUCAAGAGACUCUUUGUGUUCGUCAUGCUUGGUGCAUGGACUGCUGCAGCAGCUGCUGCAGAAACGGCCCCCGUCUUUCAGGUUGUUGUUACGCUUGCUGUGUGUGUUUACCUCUUGAACGAGAAGGUUAAAAGCCUAGGGAGAUCGUUCUUAUUAGGGGCCUCGAGGCCGAUCCGUGGCCUGUGGGUGGCCCCACCUUAGCCAACGACAUAGGCAUAUUUGAGCGGGUUAUUGCAUUCCUUCUAGCCCAGUUUCCGA